CACGUUCGUAAGUAGUGCUUAGGGUUCUUCGACGAGAGCGCGAGGAGCCGCAUCGGCGGCACGGGAGAUGAUAUCAGCUUGCGCUUGCGAUUUUUCAUCUUCAGUGACCAGGAUCGUGCGAGGGAGUAUUUCGAUCCGCGCUUUGUCUUCGCUAGCAAGAGAUAUGAAUCGUGAAGUGGAUCUAAGAGCUGCAUUGGGUGUGGUACGCGCCGAGAAGAGAAUGAGAAGGACACAAAAUGCAGUGCCGACUGGACAAACGAUGAAGCACCAUGGAAUGCAGCUUUGGAGGCCCAAAGUUACGGCUCAAUGUGUAUCUUCCGAUGCUGGAACUUUGGAACCAAAUGUUGUUACCAGCACGGGAUCCUUGGACCAACUUACAGCCGUCUUUGAAGAUGUCACGAGCAACAAACCGGAGAACAAGUUCUCGGCUUCUGUAGAGGUGAAUCAAGCGGUUAUUCAGUCAAUCAAAGCGAAAAGAAACAAAAUGAAGCGAAAAAUUGAAGCGGAAUCCAAUACCUCGUUGACAUUUUCGAAGCAAAAAUCAGGAUUCUACAUAGUUGUUGAGGGUCUGUCGGACGAAGCCGUGCAGCAAGCUACAAGGCUUUUACAACCGGUGAUAGACAAGAAAGACACCAAAGCUGAGUCAGUUACGGAAAAGUCUGCUAGCAGUAGGAGCUCUUCUCUGAACCCAGCUUCGACAAAACGAUUAGCGAGUGGGAGUUUGCAAUGGAUGCCGAAAGCAGUGAGAACCAUGCACACCGUAGCAGAUGAAUGUAAAGAUGUCAGUGAUGUCGAACCUAACGACAGCGAAAUGGUCUCUGGCUCUAUACAGGUUGACAAGAAGCUGCUACGUCUAGUUAAAGGACACAAGAAUGAAGUCAAACAACGGAUUGAAAAAGACACAAACACAACCAUACGCUUCGGAAACCCUGUCGUUGUGGAGGGGUCUUCCGAGGAUUCGGUAAAUAAAGCGCUAGAGGAGAUACAAAGAAUAGUUGAGGAAGGUGUGAACGACGCGAAAUUUCAGUACUCGCAUUUCCUUUCUCUGCCACUUAGCGUCCAUCCUUCUCUGGUCCAAAAACUGGAGGCCUUUCAAGAAUCCGUACUAGUAUCGCUGGGAAUUCCUCUCGUUGAUGAAGAACAAACAGCAGCAGCUGAUGCAGAGGAAACACCAGAACAGGAGGCGCCAGAAGAGGAAGCAGCAGCUGCAGCAGCAGAAACUGUGACUUCCGGAGUGGAGGAACAUGUGGAUGAUACUCGCUCGGUCGAAGCAGCAGUAGAGGACGCGUUUCGUCAGUCUGUCCUCGGUUCGUUGGGUAUGCAGCCAAAUGAAGGAGAUGAAACUGAUGCCGCUACUCAAGGAACUGUACUUUCGGAGAUACAAGUCGAGGAAGAACCAGCAGCCACGGAAACCGUAGGCGAGGAAGAAACAGAAUCAGGAAGUCAGUUGCACGUAGAAGAUGAAACACUGGCCACUGAAGCCGAGGAAACUGUUGCUGAAGAGGUAACGGAAACAGAUAACACCGCCGCAUCAGAAACCCUGGAAACCGUAGCUGCUGACGAGGAUACGGAACAGGAACAGCAAAAUGCUGUUUCUGAGGUGCGGGUGGAAAUGGAAACAACCGCAGAUUUGCCUGAAGAGAAAGCGGAAGGAACCGAGCCACUGCAAGACGUGCCUCUAACGCUAAAAAAGAAGAAAGAUUCUGGAGUCGAGAAAUCGAUCUUUAUCAAGCCUACGAGAUUUCACUUGACGGUUUUAAUGCUGAAGCUCUGGAAUGAAGAGCGCGUGGAGAAAGCCCGUGGCGUUUUGGAGAAAUGCUUGCCAGAUGUAGCUGCAGCUUUGGACGAAAGACCGGUCUCGGUGUCCUUGAAGGGAUUGGAGAUCAUGAGGGGAAGUCCCAAAAACACGCGUGUGCUGUUUGCAAAGGUGGCGGACGCUGAUGGUGGAAGUCGACUUUCAAAAGUUUGCCAGGUCAUGAUUGACGCUUUCGUUGAAGCCGGCCUAGUGCUUGGAAAAGAUGGCGAGCAAGAACUAAAGUUGCACGCGACAGUUAUGAACACAAGCCACAGAAGGAGGUACUGUCAGUCAUGUUCUUUUUCCUUUCUUUUUGUGAUUGUGGGUGUUGACUCUGUGCUGCUCGCAGCAAAAGUCGAUACAGGAACAAGGGAUUCGAUGCCACGGAUAUCCUCGCGAAGUUUGGAGAAGAGACCUGGGGCGACUACCAAAUCAUGGAGGCACACCUCUCGGAGCGUUUCAAGUAUGAUGAGAAUGGUUACUACCACUGCUGUGGCUCUAUACCCUUCCCUGGAAGCACUGUUGAAACGGGCGUAUCGCAAGGAACAAGCCAACACGAUACUUAGUGAGGUAGAGCAAAAGAAGAAUGCAAUUUUUUUUCUACCUGGGAGAUUGAUUGUAUGUGAUUGUUUUGCUCCAUAAUAUAUCUGCCAUGGCUUUGAAUUA